AUGUCGGAACCAAUAGUAGUUUCCCGAGCGCGAUGCACGCUGGGACGUGUAGUUGGGGAAGGAGGGAGGGAGUGCUGCGAGAAGGCCUUCCCUCCCUCCGGUCGUUCCCGGCGCGGGGAGGAGCCUGAUCGGCCCAAAGGCGAUGCAGGGAUGCAGCUCAAGGGACUUCCUAGUUCGCCCUUAGAUUGCGCCCCCCCGCCCUUCAGGCGGGAGAAGAAGGUUCCCGGGAACCUCAGGCUCAUGCCCGUCCCAUCCCGCCCACGCCUGCAAUGGGACGAUUCUCUGAAUCCCUUGCGGAUUAGUGUGGGCGGACUCCCAGUGCUGGCGUCCAUGACCAAAGCGGCUGACCCCCGCUUCCGCCUGCGUUGGAAGGCCAUUGUGGCAACCUCCCUGGCCCUGAUCCUUGUCCUGCUGCUCCUCUGCUUCCAGCGUUCGCCUUCGGCAAGCAGGCCGGUGCCUCUCACCGCUCACAACUGGCGUCUCGGGGCACUGCCCAGUGGGCGGUACAAUGACACCUACCCCUUGUCGCCACCCCAGCGGAUCCCGGAGGGCGUGCGCUACCGCAUCGGACUCAUUGCCGACCUCGACACGAACUCCAAGGGCCCCGGCGAGCAUACCUGGUUCAGCUACUUGAAGAAAGGUUACCUGACCCUGUCGGCCAGUGGGGACCAUGUCUCUGUCGAGUGGGACACCCAGGACCAUACGCUGGAGUCUCACCUGGCUGAGAAGGGGCGGGGCAUGGAGCUCUCCGAAUUGGUAGUCUUCAACGGCAAGCUGUAUGCUGUGGAUGAUCGCACUGGUGUGGUCUACCAGAUUGAUGGCACCAAGGUGGUACCUUGGGUGAUCUUGUCUGAUGGGGAUGGUACAGUUGGCAAGGGGUUUAAGGCUGAGUGGCUAGCGGUGAAGGACGAGCAUCUGUAUGUAGGAGGCCUGGGCAAGGAGUGGACGACCACCACAGGGGAGGUGCUGAACGAGAACCCCGAGUGGGUGAAAGUCAUUGGCUACAAAGGUGACGUGGCUCACGAGAACUGGGUGGCCAAUUACAACGCACUGAGGACUGCGGCGGGGAUCAAGCCCCCAGGUUACCUGAUCCACGAGUCUGCCUCUUGGAGCGAGACACUCCAGCGCUGGUUCUUUUUGCCGCGCCGCGCCAGCCACGGGCGCUACAACGAGCAGGAGGAUGAGCACUGCGGCACCAACCUGCUGCUUAGUUCCGCACCGGACUUUGCCGACAUCACUGUGAGCCGUGUUGGCGACGUCAUCCCCACCCACGGCUUCUCCUCCUUCAAGUUUGUCCCCGACACGGAUGACCAGAUCAUUGUGGCACUGAAAUCUGAGGAGGACGCUGGGCAGGUGGCAACGUACAUCACCGCCUUCAUGCUGGAUGGACGUUGCCUUCUGCCUGAAACUCGUAUCGGUUCCGUCAAAUAUGAAGGCAUUGAGUUCAUCUAAUGGAUUGAAUGGGUGCUUUGGAGACAAGGCGGAUGAGCUGGGUGUGGGGAUGGGGCAGGAGGAUGUGCCCCGGGAUUUCCCCUCUUAAUUCUGGCUCGGCUGCAAAGCAUGGUGGGACUCUGAAGUGCUCUUUCAUGGCAUAGCUUUCACUUCUAUAAAAGCAACUUGGUUUA